GAGGGGGCCGAAGUACGAAUGACGUCACAGUGUGCAAGUGACAGCCAUUGAACUGUAUUUAAGGCAGCAAGAUUUAAAUUUGAAACCAUUUUAAAUUGGCUUUUGUGAUAUUUAAAACUUGUUUUCAUUGUGAGAUCAGGUAAAGAUGUCGGGAGGUAUGAUGUGCAGUGUGGCAACCUGCAAAAGUAACAGGCGUAAGGUCACAGGUGAAAGCCUAAAAUUUUUCAGUUUCCCCAAAAACCUGGUAGUACAAAAACAAUGGGUACAAAAAUGCUACCAAAGAGAUAAGUUUGAUACGAAGAAAGAAAAGAUUUGUAGUAAGCAUUUUCAGCCCAGUGAUUACGAGGAUGAAGUGAUGGCUAAUAUAAUGGGAAUUCCUGCCAAAAAACUAAAAAUAGAUGCCAUACCAUCAUUGUAUCUACCAUUUUCUCGUAAAGAAACUAUCACUGAGUCCUCUAGAAAAGAAAGAGCUGCAAGACGAGAAGGAAAGGAUAUAGUACAAGCGUUGAUUCAAGAACCAAGCUUAGAAGUUACUGCUGCGAUUGAAGUUUCACCGAUAGUUGAACCAAUUGAACAAUCACCCAGCAUUAAUAUCUCAGGGACGGUAUUGGACAGUCGUGAUAAUGAGAUAAACAUCCUUAAACUCCCGAACUCAAUGAAAGCUUCAGUUCGGAGAGUACUGCUUCUGAUGCCCCAUUAAGAAAAUCUUGGGUGGAAGAUGAUGGUACUCAAUAUUUAGCAGGAUUUAUUGCUAAGAAAUUUAUACAUAAAUACCCAUACCUAGGUGGGCACAGUUACAAAGAUGAAGAGGCUCUUAAUUUACAUUCUUACGCCAUGCCCUCAUGGGUACAAAGUCUAUCGUUCGGGGGUCUG